ACGUCAGCUCGAAGCGAGCGGCUAUUGGUUGAAAGAUAAGCGAUUGUCAAGGGCAGCGUGUGACGAACCCAUGUGGGCGGGGAGAGCAUGGAGUUGCUCUCUGGCUUCUUAAGUUCUCUUCGUGGGUCUUCCAGGGAGAAAGCGCAGACCCGGGUCAUGGACGAACGAGCCCUGGAGGUGUAUGAUAUAAUUCGAAAUAUCCGGGAUCCUGAAAAACCAAAUACACUAGAAGAUUUGGAUGUUGUUUCGGAAAGCUGUGUCUCUGUUCAGGAGUUGGAUGAGGAAUGUUAUCUGGUUGUUAUCAGAUUCACACCUACUGUACCACACUGUUCCCUGGCCACACUUAUAGGUCUGUGUCUGCGAGUCAAGCUGCAGAGAUGUCUGUCUUUCAAACACAAGCUGGAAAUCUAUAUUUCUGAGGGGACUCACUCUACAGAGGAAGACAUUAAUAAACAGAUAAACGAUAAGGAGCGGGUAUCUGCAGCCAUGGAGAAUCCAAAUCUGCGGGAAAUUGUGGAGCAGUGUGUCACAGAACCGGACUAGAGUGGUUCUAGAGGCCCAGUAACCAGCUGUUGCUGAAUGCUGAUCUAGGAGGUGUGGUAGAUGGUAUCCCUGCUCAGCGGAGGCCAUUAUAUCAGAUAUGCAGUUGGAUUCAUUGCAGUCUGGACUUUUUUUGUUAAAAGAUGCAAAGGUGGUAACGGACCCUGGGCUCGAAAGUGUUCCUGAAAUAAAUACAGUCCACUUUGUUUGCACUGCCUCUGGGUUUCUCAGUGCUCCAGACGGAGAUUUUUGUAUUGCUCCACUCAGGAUGGAACACAAAAGGCACUGAAGGUUACUUGUGACUGCCAAUGGGUAAUUGGUUUUGAAUGUGAAAGAGCCUAUGGGCAUUAUAAUAACCUUCUCUGUGCUCUACAGAUAAAUAAAAUACAUAUUUUUUA